CCAACUGCCUCUUCCUCCGCCACCGCCGUUGCAGUGUGGUGGGAGUGAGUGCGCGCGCACGCGCGUGCGGGGGGAGGGGGCAGCCAUGCCGAGGGGGCGGCCUUCCAAACCCAGCAGGGAGGACAGCAAGGCCGGUGCCGAGUCAGAUGGUGUUCUGACACUGAAUACAGAGAACAGUAAUUGUUCCUACCAAGUACCAAGCUUCCAUAAGUGUGAGAUCUGUUUGCUAUCUUUUUCAAAAGUGACACAGUUCCAGCGCCACAUGAGGGAUCAUGAGAGAAAUGAUAAGCCUCAUCGGUGCGACCAGUGUCCAAUGUCAUUUAAUGUUGAGUUCAACCUGACACUUCAUAAAUGUACUCACAAUGGGGAAGAUCCUACAUGUCCUGUGUGUAACAAGAAAUUCUCCAGAGUGGCUAGUCUCAAAGCUCAUAUUAUGCUACAUGAGAAAGAAGAGAAUCUUAUUUGUUCAGAGUGUGGAGAUGAGUUUACUUUGCAGACCCAACUGUCCAUGCAUAUGGAAGAACAUCGUCAGGAAUUGGCUGGAAGCAGAACCCAUAGUUGCAAGUCCUGUAAGAAGGAAUUUGAGACUUCCUCACAGCUUAAGGAGCACAUGAAAACUCACUACAAAAUAAGGGUAUCCAAUACUAGAUCUUACAAUCGAAACAUUGACAGAAGUGGGUUUACAUAUUCAUGUCCGCACUGUGGAAAGACAUUCCAAAAACCAAGUCAGUUAACCCGACAUGUUAGAAUACAUACAGGUGAAAGACCAUUUACAUGUAGUGAAUGUGGAAAAGCCUUUAACCAGAAGGGGGCAUUACAGACACACAUGAUUAAGCAUACUGGUGAAAAACCCCAUGCUUGUGCCUUUUGUCCAGCAGCCUUUUCUCAAAAAGGCAAUCUUCAGUCUCAUAUACAGAGAGUUCAUUCAGAGGUGAAGAAUGGCCCUACCUAUAACUGUACAGAAUGUAGCUGUGUUUUCAAAAGCUUAGGCAGCUUAAAUACUCACAUCAGCAAGAUGCAUAUGAGUGGUCCACAGAACUCAGCAAGCACUACUUCAGAAGCAUCUCAUGUUACAACGGAUCCUGUGGCCCAGCCUCUAAUGACAUCUCCUGCUAACCUGAUGCAACCUGUUGAUAAUAAAUGGAAGAAUGCCACACAUUUUCGGUCUCCACUUCUUCAACAGACAGAAAACCAAGUAACUUCAGCUGCAGGUCAACAAGGGCAACAGGCUGUAACAGAUGUCAUUCAGCAGCUCCUUGAGCUGUCAGAGCCAGGUCCAGUGGAAAAUAACCAGCCCCAGCAACCUGGCCAGCAACUCAAUAUUGCAGUAGGACUCAAUCGAGACAUUUUGCAGCAAGCCUUAGAAAACAGUGGGCUGUCUUCAAUUCCAGUCUCAGCGCAUCCUACAGACUGCAGCCAGGCUAAGAAUCCUACAACACAGGAUCAAAAUCCAGAUGUUCAGAAUCUUUCUAACCAUCAAGCUGACCCUAAUAAUGCAGAACAAGAUAAAGAGCAAGAAAGCCCAGAUAAGAUGGAUAAAAAAGAGAAAAAGGUUAUAAAGAAAAAAUCACCAUUUUUACCUGGUUCUGUACGUGAAGAGAAUGGAAUAAGAUGGCAUGUUUGCCCAUAUUGCUCUAAAGAAUUUAAAAAACCCAGUGAUCUAGUGCGCCACAUUCGAAUUCACACGCAUGAGAAGCCAUUCAAGUGUCCCCAGUGUUUCCGCGCCUUUGCUGUGAAGAGCACUCUCACAGCACACACAAAAACACACACUGGCAUUAAAGCUUUUAAGUGCCAGUAUUGUAUGAAAUGUUUUUCCACCUCAGGAAGCUUAAAAGUUCACAUUCGUCUGCAUACAGGUGUUAGACCUUUUGCUUGUCCUCACUGUGAUAAAAAGUUCAGAACAUCUGGCCACAGAAAGACUCACAUUGCUUCACACUUUAAACACACUGAACUACGAAAGAUGCGACAUCAGCGUAAACCUGCAAAAGUUCGAAUAGGAAAGACCAGCGUUCCAGUACCGGAUAUUCCUUUGCAAGAACCCAUACUCAUCACUGAUUUAGGUCUUAUCCAGCCAAUCCCAAGGAAUAGCCAGUUUUUCCAAAGUUAUUUUAAUAAUAGUUUUGGAAAUGAAGCAGACAGGCCAUACAAGUGUUAUUACUGCAAUCGAGCAUAUAAAAAAUCUUGCCAUCUUAAGCAACAUAUCAGAUCACACACUGGUGAGAAGCCAUUUAAGUGUUCUCAGUGCGGAAGAGGUUUUGUCUCGGCUGGAGUGCUAAAAGCGCAUAUUAGAACUCAUACUGGAUUGAAAGCUUUUAAGUGUCUUAUAUGUAAUGGGGCUUUCACUACUGGUGGUAGCCUCAGGCGACACAUGGGGAUCCAUAAUGAUCUUCGACCAUAUAUGUGUCCAUAUUGUCAAAAAACAUUCAAAACUUCAUUAAACUGCAAAAAGCACAUGAAAACUCAUAGGUAUGAGCUUGCACAGCAGCUUCAGCAGCACCAGCAAGCUGCUUCAAUAGAUGAUUCAACAGUAGAUCAGCAGAGCAUUCAUGUUUCCACUCAGAUGCAAGUAGAGAUUGAAAGUGAUGAGUUGCAGCAGACAGAAGCUGUCACUACAGAUCAGGAAGCUAUUUUAGAACUAGACCAGCAGCAGGUGGUAGCCACAGAAGAAACAGGACUGGGACAACAAUUGACUGACCAACCUUUAGAGCAAGAUGAAGAUAGGUUUGUGACAUCCCAACAUGCUUUACAGGAGAACAUCAAUCAAUUUGAACAGCAAACUCUAACACAGCAGUCAUUUGAUCAGCAAGGGUUAUCACAAGGUUUUACAGUGAAUGAUAGCUACAAUCAACAGAAUCAAUUUUCAGCUGUACAGCAGCUACAGGAUUCAAGCACACUUGAGUCUCAGGCUCUUUCAACAAGUUACCAUCAACCAAAUCUGCUUCAAGUUCCUAAUCCAGAGACUAUUAAUGUGACUACUCGCCUCAUACAAGAUCAGUCACAAGAAGAACUUGAGCUGCAUGCCCAACGCCCCCAGUUUCUUGAGGACAAUGAAGAUCAAAGCAGACGUUCAUACAGAUGUGACUAUUGCAACAAGGGUUUUAAGAAAUCCAGCCAUUUGAAGCAGCAUGUACGAUCACAUACUGGUGAGAAACCUUAUAAAUGCCAGCUGUGUGGCCGUGGAUUUGUUUCCUCAGGAGUUCUUAAAUCCCAUGAGAAGACUCACACAGGAGUUAAAGCAUUCAGCUGUAGCAUUUGCAAUACAGCUUUCACUACCAAUGGCAGCCUUACCAGGCACAUGGCAACUCAUAUGAGCAUGAAGCCUUACAAGUGCCCAUUCUGUGAUGAAAGCUUCCGAACAACCGUUCACUGCAAAAAGCACAUGAAAAAACACCAGGCGGUCUCCUCUGCAGUAGCAGCAACUGGAGAGGCCGGAGGAGGAGUUGUUUGUGUGGAAGAAGAUGAUGAAAAUUGUGAAAGAACUGCUUCCAGAAAGUCUCGGCCUGGUGUCAUCACUUUCACAGAGGAAGAAACAGCAGAACUGGCAAAAAUUAGACCUCGAGAAAGUGCCACAGUCUCAGAAAAAGUUCUUGUCCAGUCUGCUGCGGAAAAGGACAGAAUUAGUGAGAUCAAAGAUAAGCAUGCAGAACUGGAAGCGGAGCCCAAAUAUGCCAAUUGUUGUACUUAUUGUCCCAAAAGCUUUAAAAAACCCAGCGAUUUAGUCAGGCAUGUUCGUAUCCACACUGGGGAGAAACCAUAUAAAUGUGAUGAAUGUGGAAAGAGUUUUACUGUGAAGUCUACUCUGGAUUGCCAUGUAAAAACGCACACAGGUCAGAAGCUCUUCAGUUGUCAUGUAUGCAGUAAUUCUUUUUCUACCAAAGGCAGUCUAAAAGUGCAUAUGCGUCUGCAUACAGGAGCAAAGCCAUUUAAGUGUCCACACUGUGACUUACGGUUUCGUACUUCAGGACGCAGAAAAACGCACAUACAGUGUCACUAUAAACCAGAAACCAAGAGGGUCAGGAAGCCUGUUACCCGUACAUCUGCUGAGGGAUUACAACCAGUGAAUCUUCUUAAUUCUUCCACGACAGACCCCAAUGUUUUUAUCAUGAAUAACUCUGUUCUGACAGGUCAAUUUGAUCAAAAUUUGCUUCAGCAAGGACUUGUGAGCCAGGCGAUCCUUCCUGCUUCUAUGUCAGCUGGAGGUGACUUAACUGUGUCCUUGACAGAUGGUAGCUUGGCCACCCUUGAAGGCAUACAGUUACAGCUUGCUACUAAUCUGGUUGGACAGAACGUUCAAAUUUCUGGAAUAGAUGCUGCCAGUAUUAACAACAUCACAUUACAGAUUGAUCCCAGUAUUUUACAGCAGACACUACAGCAGAGUAACUUACUUGCCCAGCAUCUAACUGGGGAUCCCAGUAUGGCUCCACAGAACAACUCCCUCCAGACAACAGAUAGCACGGUGCCAGCUAAUGUUGUUAUCCAACCCAUAUCAGGCUUGUCUUUACAACCAACAGUUACAUCUUCAGCUAAUAUGACAAUAGGACCACUGUCUGAGCAAGACUCUGUGUUAACAGCUAACAGUAAUGGUGCACAGGAUCUCUCUCAAGUGAUGACCUCACAGGGUAUGGUGUCCACUUCAAAUGGUCAGCAUGAGAUAACAUUGACCAUAAAUAACUCAAGUUUGAGUCAAGUUCUAGCUCAUGCUGCUGGUUCCACCACUACAAACUCAUCAGAAAGCCCGCAAGAAAUUACCCUCACCAUAUCUGGUCAAGAUCUUAUUCAGCAUAAUUCUUCUGGAAGUAAUGAGUUGAAUGGGAGUUUACGACUGACAACACCAACAAUUAGCAAUCAAUCAACAGGUGCUACGUUAACUAUAAGCAAUGAUCAACUUCUGUCUCAGGGUACAUCACUGAAUGCUUCAGAACUUAAUACGUCAAGUGGAAAUCUUCCUUCAACACCACCCAUGUCUCAAUCCACAGUUUCUGCUCAGAACUUAGUAAUGUCUUCGUCAGGAGUUGGAGGAGAUGGUAGUGUUACCUUGACCUUGGCUGAUACUCAGGGCAUGUUAUCUAGUGGUCUUGAUUCAGUUACACUGAAUAUCACUUCACAGGGUCAGCAAUUCCCUGCUUUACUCACAGAUUCUAGUCUCUCCAGCCAAAGCGGUUCGGGCUCACAACAAGUCAUACUGGUGAGCCAUACGCCACAUUCAGCAUCUACAAACUCUGAUGAAAUAACAUAUCAGGUGGCUGAGGUUUCUUCUAACCUGACUAAGGGUAAUCAAGAAAAAGAGGGCCGUGUACACCAAUGUUUUGAAUGUAGUCAGACCUUUUCUUCAGCCACGAUGUUAAUGCACCACAGUAAAGAGGUUCAUGGCAAGGAGAGAAUUCACGUGUGCCAUGUUUGCAAUAAAGCCUUCAAACGGGCAACACAUCUCAAGGAGCACAUGCAAACCCAUCAGGCUGGACCUUCACUAAGUUCCCAGAAGCCACGAGUCUUUAAAUGUGAUACUUGUGAAAAGGCUUUUGCUAAGCCAAGUCAGCUGGAGAGGCAUAGCCGCAUCCACACAGGGGAACGUCCAUUUCAGUGUACACUGUGUGAUAAAGCUUUUAACCAGAAGAGUGCCCUUCAGGUGCAUAUGAAAAAGCACACAGGAGAGAGGCCUUACAAAUGUGAUUACUGUGCAAUGGGCUUUACACAGAAAAGCAAUAUGAAACUCCAUAUGAAACGAGCUCAUGGCUAUGCUGGUACUAUACAAGAAUCUGCCAGUCAGCAAGAACAAGAAGGGGAAGAUAUUAAUCGUGCUUUGAAUUUAGAAGAGGUUGUUCAAGAAUCUUCAAAUGAAUGGCAGAGUAUAACCAAUGUUUUUCGAUGACACCUUAGUUGAAAGCUUUGCUUUCAGGACUUGAAUUUCUCAACAUAUGUUUUGAAAAAAGUAAAGCAUAUGGAUUUUACAGUUGAUGCUUCAAGCAUUGAAAAUAUUAACAAUAGAAUAAUAUAUUAUAGUUUUUUUAAUUAUUUACAAAAAGUACUUAAGAAUCAUUGUUUUUGUAAGCUUGUGGGAAAAUAUUGAAAAAACAUCAAUUAAUCUGUGUUAAAUUGUCUACAAAUCAAUGAACUCAGGUAAUACUACAUGCGGUUUCAUCUUCUAAUCCACAGACAGUAUAUCUAGUUGAACAAUUAACUGGAACUUCAUAUCAGGAAAGAGUGAUUCCCUUGAAUUAGUAAAGAAGAUGAAAAGUAACUUCAUGGGAAAACCAUGAAAAUUGUCAUUUACUUUUUUAUUUUAUUUUUUUAAUGUAUAGCAAAAAUGUUUGAGGUUAGAAAGAAAAGUGUUAUGAUAGAGAUGCAUGCAGUACAGAAUUAAUUUUUACAAUGCACAGUAAAAUGUUAAAUUUCUGUUCUUAGUUUCUUUUGGUGCAUUUGAGGAAUUUUGGAAAGUGAAUUGCCCUUGCAUUAAAUGGUAUUUAUGUAGCUAAUCUCUUGAGAGGUGACCGGGCUAUUUCCAUUCCAGUUGUAGAGACAGUCAUUAGUUUUUUCCAUCAAAAUGUCUGAGGCUUCAAACUCAGCAAUAAACAUUCAAAGAAAAUCCAAACUAAAAGAAAUUAAACUGAUUGAACGCCCCUGUUUUUAGGUUUGCCGUAAGGAUCAGCAGGCAGAUACUUGAGUAUUUGUGGAAAGCACAAGCCAUAUUCUAAAGUUGGGAGAUAACCUAAAAUUGUACAUUUUAAUAGCAAACUGGAAGUAAGCUGCAGUACAGGUCACCUCAGUUAACAUAAAAGUAAUCUGUACUGUAGACCUUUUUAGUUCCAAAUCUGUAAAAGCAUCAUUAUUUUCUCAUGCAUCAAUUCUGAAAGCAUUUUACUGUGGUGUUUGUUUUUUUGGUGUGUGUGUGUGUGUGUGUGUGUGUGGUUCUCCCCUCCCCCCCCAGUAAAACUACCUAGUUAACUUAAGGUACAUCUACAGCUGUGGCAGUGUAUAGAGUACAGACACAGCAUCCCCAGCUAGCAGGGGUGUAAAUAGCAGUGUAGAUGGUGAGGCAUGGCUUAGGGUGGUAGCGUAGAGUGCCCUACACAACUCAGCCCUGAUGGUAUAUAUCCAAGCAUGGCCUCCCAUGUCUAUGUUACUAAUUUCUGCAGUGUAGUGUCCCACUGCCUCUCCGCUGCCAGAGUCUUUUCGUUGCUGCCUGCACACAGCAGUAUGUAGCUACUCACCUUAGUGACAAGUAUGGAUACCACCUGCCUUUCGCCAUGGCGUGUAGCUACACGUGUAGUGCCUUUACUCUACUUGCCGCUGUAAGUGUAGACAUAACCUUAGUACUGCUCUGAAAGGUGCCACUUGUUAAGUGUAUUCAUAACAAAGAAACACUGGAGUAAAGCUUAAGUCAUGUUUUAUACAUUCCAAAGACAGAAAGCUCUUUGCUUACUUUUACUUUGUUCCUUUGAAUUUAUUUAUAUGUUAUAUAUAUAUAUGUAUGUAUGUAUAUAUAAAAAUAUAUGGGCCUCUAUGUGGCUGAUCAGUAUAUUUUGUAAAUAGCAAUCCCAACUGCAGGAAGAUUUCAUCAAGUUUUCAAGUUCAUAUGAGUACUUCUAGAUCAGUAUUGGAUUCAUUGUAAUGUAAAAUAGAGUUGGGUUUUAUUUUACCUUUUGCAAAAUAAUCGCCUUUUAUUUGCUCUCAUAUCCAAAAAACACUUUUUUCCCCUUUUGGUAAAUAUUAUCUAUACGUUGUCUGCUAUAAGACCUAGUCAUUUCAGAUUCCUGAAGAAAGAAAUCACUGUUGUUUUUGAUAGGGAAUCUCUUAUUUCUUUUGUUAACUCUUUGCAUAUGUAUAUAAGUAAUAUAGUUGGUGACAUAAAAUUAACAUUUUUGUUAUGUGGAAAUAUUUAAGUCAGAAAUGUUAAUAAUAUUAAUUUUUUCCAACUUUGCUUUGUGUAGUUUUUAAAAGACAAAUUUUAAAUGGGUAUUCUUAGUUAUUUCAAGGAAAAUGUGGAUGACUAAAAUUAUGCAGCUCAAAGUUGAACAUAGAGGACUGAAGUUCUCCUUUCAUUUCAGCAGUGCAUCUCAUUCCAGACAAGUUGUUUGGCCCUGCAAACCUGCCUUACACAUAUUGGUAACUUCUGGAUAAUGGCAACCUUUUGCUGGGAACCAAGAGGUUGCUAAUAAGCAGAAUUCACAAUACACGGAAAGCAGAUCUUUUCAAUAAAGAGGUGCUAUUUGAACUACAUAGUCAUUUUUCAGAGAGCAAUGCUGCUUUAAGACUCUUGAUCACAUACCAAUCACGUAAUGAGUGGAUAUUUGUAAGAUAGUAAGUAACAAGUAAAUAGGGAGACUUGCCUUUUUUCCCCCUGAGUUCUCAACCCACCACAAUAGCAAGAGUCCUGCCAAUUAUGGUAAAUAUCCUUUUUGAACAUUUUAAUAAGAUACAGUAUAUAUUUUAGAAUCAUGCCUUGAAUGUCUUCUGCCUGACACAAAGGUGUUUAAUGUCCUUCCUUUAAACAUAGGAGCUGCUCCAGAUUACUUGGAUAAGUUUGAAUUGGAAACAUUCAAAUGCAUUAUAUCUGCUGAUGCUCUGUAGUAGUGACGAGGUUGUGACUAUUACAUUGGUGUCCAGGGCAAGAUCAGGUUGUUCAGGAACUUUCUUGCUAAAGUAAAGAAAUGUAAUGUGGACCAUGCCCUAACAGCAUCACACUGGAGAAAGGUAACAUCAAAAAUAAACUUUAUGUGCCCUAGAAGCCCUGGUCCAUCUUGCUGUGGCAAUUGGGCUCUCUGAGUAAAAGCAUCAUACACCGUUGAUAGCUGAGAUGUAGUUAUUAGCAAUAAAUCAAUUUAAUUUUGCCUUGGCUUACUAUUUUCUCUCUUGUAUUUUAAGUUUUUUUUUUUCUUCAACUGUUAUGAACACCAUUUUAUGGUCAUGCCUUAAUUGGCUACUGCAGCCCAUUUAUGAUAUUUUGUAUUUUAUGCCCAACCUGGAAGAGACUUGUAUGAGAGACACUGUGAAUCUUUUAUUGGAAUACACAGUGGUAACCUCCAAAGAAGAAACUCUCAAAUUCUCCUUAACAUAAACAAGAAAAAAUCACUAGGAAAAAAAAUCAUAUCAUGAAUCCUGCAAUUUUUGAUUGUUUCUAUCUUUUUAGAUUGUAGAUAUAAGCCAUCACAAUGUAAAUAGGUUGGCUUCUUGCAGAAAACUCUCUUCAGCCAAAUAGUAUCCAGCAGAGGAGAGAACUCAUCCCUUCCCUAGUUUAUCACCCUAUGUGUUGUGAGCUUCAGUUCCUAAUUGUGAUUCAAAUGCUGACUUCAACCCAAAUCAUACCACUUGGAUUUGUGCAUGGAGGGCUGCCUGUGGCUCUUUCCACUUCCACAGAGCAGAGGGGACUGAGCUGCCUCUCCAGAACCCUGCAGUGAUUCUCAUUUCAUCUGAGGUUUAUAGUGGAGAGGGUUGGAGACUGUAGAGGCUGUGGGGCUGAGUGGGCAGGCUGUGGUUGUGAAAUUUUGCAGAAAAUGUGGAAUAGCCCAAGGAUGUAUUUUCCAUGGCGCCUCCUGACCAUGGUGGCAUGGAAGAAGUUUGUGAAAGUAGAUGUCAGAACAGCCAAGUGUGUGGGAAGGGAGUCCCUCUACUUUUUCUGUGGGGGUGGACAAAUCAAUCCAAAAUCCUAAUGGCUGUGCUCAGUGAUUGUGAGUUCACAGAAACAGCACUUUUUUCGUAGGAGUGGCACAUGAGGCAACCCAUUUUUCCCACUGUUGUCCAUCAUAAAUUGUCUCCAUGAUAGCAACAUCCUUUUCAAUUGUUCUGGGAUAGGUCAUACUUUCUCCACCAUGCCUUCUUUUUUCCAUCCAGUUGGAAUGCAAUCUAAGAUGUAGCUUGUGCUUCUCCCAUGGGGUAGCCUGAUGACAUGGGCAAACCACCAGAGCGUUUUCUAGCUGAUUAAGUCCACAGUCUGCUGACCUGUGCAGUACAAUGCUGCCACGUUGGUUAUACAAUUGCUCCAAUGAAUUCCCAAAAUCCUUCUCAAACAACUCUGGUGAAAUGCAUUCAGCUUUCUAUUGUGUACUUCUGCCACAUUCUGCUGAGGCAUACAGUAAUGUUGGAAGGACAAUACCAUUGUACAAUCUCACAUCAAGGUGUAGUAUUUUGCUACUCUUCCAGCUGUUUGGCAAAUAAGUAAUUGAUCCACUGGCUUUGCCACUUCUUGCCCUCAAUUCUUUAAUGAGCUGACCAUUAGCAGAAAUACUUUACUUCCAAGAUUUUUAAAACAGUCGUAAACCUUUUGUACUCUUUUCCAUCACUCACAUAUCUGUCAGAGUUGACCAUAUUCUCUCCUAUCUCCAUAUGCUUGGUCUCAAACUCCCAUUUUGGUAGCUGCCACUUUUAUACUCAUAAAGAGUUUUUUUCGUUUCCUCAAAGCUGGUAUCCAGUAUGACUUUGUCAUCUGAAAAAAAAACUAGAUCCUGCAGCUCAUCUCUUGUCCAAACAAUGCCAGUGGCCUCAACAUCAGCUGUUGCUUUUCUCAUCUCAAAGUCUAUGGCAAUGCAGAAGAGAAGUGGGGAUAGUGCUCAACUUCGCUUUACACCAGUAACAAUCUUAAGCCAUUUUUUGUUCUGACAGCAUGCAGACUCAUUCUACCAAGCUUUUAUCCGAUUAACAAUCUCUGAUGGAAUUUUAUAGUGUUUCAGGAUCUUCCAGAGGGCUUGUCCGUGAACACUAUCAAACACUUCUGUAAAAUCAGUGAAGUUAAAAAGCGUCUUCUGCCAGUAUUCUAACCCUUGCUCAAUAAGUCUUCUCAAGGUGAAAAUCUGAUCUGAACGUGACCUAUCAGAUCAAAAUCCAGCCUGCUUAUCUCUGAGUUCUUUGUCAACAGCAGUUUUCAUCCUAUUCAAAAUGAUAAUGCAAAACACUUUUCCAGGUACAGAUUGGAGUGUCUCCUGUUAUCACAAAUAAAUUAAUCCACCUUUUUAGGGAUUUCACAGAAUACACCUCUUCUCCAGUCAGGAUAGGUUUUCUUUUCCCAAACCAUUCUGUACAACCUGGAUAUGUAACUCAACAUCAUUUCUUUUUGAGCUUUUAGCAUGUUUCUUACCACAGCUUGGUGUUUUACCACUCCUUAGUUGGUUUAUGGCCUUAGUUACUUCCUCAAAAGCAACUGCUUUUAGUGAUACUGGUAAGUCCACUGUUUCUUCACAUCUCUGUGUGUAUUAGUGGUUGUGGCUGGUUGAGCGCAGCCUAGAAAUGUUCCAUCCUCUGUGGCUAAAAUUGUAUCUCUCAUUAGGAUAUUAGAAAAAGUUUUUUGGAAACCCCUUGCUAACAUGCCUUCUCAGCUUCUCUUGCUUUGUUUUCUGUCCCUUCUCUCUUAUUUCUUCUGGCUGAUCUUCUGACUGACUUGUCUUUGUCCCCAUGUUCUUGCUGUAGAAUAGCUAUUUUAGUUCCAUCUCAUUCUUGUUGAAUUCUCUUGUUUAAUAUUUCCAUUCUUCUUUCUUAGAUCUUCUGACCCUCACUGUAGUCCAGGCUGCUUUCACACUUCAUUGAAAAAACUGCCAUUGUUCUCCUCCGCUUCUCGGUGGCUAGAACUCUUGGAUGAUGCAGCGUCUUUCUUGGGACUUGAGGAAGACUUUCUGGCAUGCUUAUGCACAUGCUUCCUUGCCUCAUGGCUAGACCCCGGCAUGGGGUCCAUAACACUGGUACUGGUGGAACUGGACUGGAGCUCUGCAGUAGGAGGUGCACUCCUCGAUUUGCUCAGCCCGAUGUAUGGCGGGGGGGCAAGAGAUGUCCCCAGCCUGGAUAUAACAGCGGACCAUGUGGCGAUGCUGCUUAAGGUGAGAGAACUCAGCCUUCCCAGGUACGGGCGGGAAAGGAGAGGCAGAUACUGCACUUGGACACAAGUUGGGCUCCCCCCAAGCAGUAUAGGCAGUGCUGGUGGUCAUCACUGAUCAAAAAUGAGCAAGGGCAGGAAGCGCAAAUCUUGAACCCCGUUGUCUUCGUCCUAAUCCCGUACCCAGGCCUGAGUGCUUGGUGGGGAGGUCUGAUGGGAAACCACCGAAGCAAUGUUCCCAAGCUCCUUAAAUCCUAGGGAAAACUGCUUCUAACAGUAAAAACUACUACCAAAAAAAUGAAAUGCUAACUAUGUACAAGAACAGGGUUUUUUUAAUGCAAAGUUUGUGAAGUGCGUCACAAGGGAUGAGAGAACAGCAGAAGCUUUGACUUGGACCAUGCAGUGGAGAGAAGCAACUGAGAGCACAGUCAGUCCACCCCGCCAUUAAUCACCUUGGUCGAUAUCAUGAGGCAAAACAAGGGGGCAUGUGCGGCUCACCGGACACUACUACUUUUAAAAAGCUCUGGCUCUGGCUCAGUGUGUGCGCAUAACCCUCAGUGGAAUACAAUAGGGACCAUCACUUGAAGAAGAACUAUUAGUUUUUGAGUAUCAUGCUGUCUGCCUUAUGUGGUAGUGCCUUCUUUAGUUUUAUUUUGAUUCUCCCAAUAACAAGAUGAUUGUCACUUCCAAUAUCAUUACCCGUAUACACCCUGGUGUUCAACAGUGAUCUUCUGCAGUGCCUAUUAAUGGCAAUGUGAUCAAGCUCUUUCUGGGUGAAGCCAUCAUUUGAUCUUCUUGUCAACUGAGGGAGAAUCAAAACCCCAAGGAGGUUCUGAAAUGGGAUAUCUUCACAGCUAAGGUUAAGACGAGAAUUGGGAGUUGGCAUGUUAGUCUACCGUGUUGCAAAGUAAGCUAUUUCAGAGAAAUGAAAAUCUUUGGCUUAAGUCUAGCUGGACUGAAAUGAGAUGAGAUGGACUAGACAAGGUAAACUACCAUUGGAAGGUGUGACUUUAUUUUUUAUUCUGGAAGAGAGGAUGGCAAACAGCAGGAAGACAUAGGCUUAUUAUUGAGUAAGGAAGCUACUAAAGCACCGAAGAAGUGGGAACCUGUAACCUCAGACAUAUUGACUACUUGCUUUGUGAUAGUUCAGUGUUAUAUGCAAGAAAUUAUAGUGGUGAACAAGUCAAACAUGGUUUCUGUGAAAGAUUGCAGAGUGGCCUUGGCAAGAUCAAUAAAUAUAACAGUUAUUCUUAUGGGAGAUCUAAAUGCACCAAUUGGGGAUGAUAAUACUACGUAUGAGCAUGUUAUGGUCAGAUAUGGUAUCCCACGACAGUACCAACAAUGGGGAAAGUUUUGUUGAACACUGCUACCUAUAAUAUCUUUGUAUUUUGGAAACAAUAUUGCCACACAAGGAAAGAGACACAAAUUGCCAAAAUAUAAUGACCUAAUUUUCAAAAGUUCUGAACACCUGCAGCUCCAAUUGACUUUAGGGAGAUUUGCAGGCACGGAACACUUUUUGAAAAUCAGGCCAUGAAGAAGCAGGAGAUCAUGCCAACACUGAAAUAAUGAAACAGAUUAAAUGAAAUAAAUUGAGAGGAGAGACAGAAUAGUCAGUUUACGGAUCUUGAUGUACCACCGUUGUGCAGUCUUUGCUUUUUUUAAGAAAACUUUGGCGGACAUUUUAGGUCAAGCAACUUCUAUAGCAUUGCAUUAGUUUCUCUGAAUUUAGUUCUGACUUUGAGAAUUGUCAGAUAGACUCAUCAUUGCUGAUCCCCUCACAGAGCAUCAUUCAUCUAAAAGUUAUUUAGAUAGAUAUAAGGAGAGCAAAAGAAUUUCCAUCACAAGAAAUGUUUGGCAAUUUCCAGAUAGUGAUUCUUGGAGUGUCAUGGAACUGAGCAUCCUCCCUCUCUCACUACCCGCUGCUCUUUGGUAGUCUUGUCUCAUGCAUACAGUUAAUCCAUGGGCUAGACUUCAUGUGACAGUGCUUCAUAGAUUCCUUUUAUAGGCCUGGAACCAUUUUCAACAGGAGAUGCAAAGGAAAGUGAAAAUAGUAUCCAGAGUAAUUUAAUUCAUCUGGCUGAGGGACUAAAACCCAGAUCACUUGAAGCAUGUUAGAUGCAAAUAAACAGACUUCCCAAAGAGUCAGAACUCCUUCAGCAUGCUCUAUCAGAACUGCCUGGGCAGAAGAGGUGCUUUCUACCACAAAGGAAAUCUUACAGAAUUGUUGCCCAUUAAGAACUUAUGAAGUACUGCAAGCUUGACUUUCACCCUGCUCAGGCCUGCCAACAGUAAUUCUGGGCACCAGAGCCGUCCUUAGCGGGGGUAGAAGUGAGAAAUCUGUCACUUCUGGGACCAACCCCAUGCUGGCCCACGAGGCCCGGUCCCAGAGCGGUCGCGCGCUCCUAGGAGCCCUGUGGCCUGCCCAGGUGAUUUAAAAGGGCCCGAGACUCGUAGUUGCUGCUACUGCAGCAGUGGUGGCAGCCAAGGGCCCCUUUAAAUUGCCUGGGCCCUUGGGCAAUUGCCCCCUUUGCCUCCUCGUCAGCAGGCCUGACUCUGCUGCAGAAGCAUCCUUUGGCCGAAAGGGGCCCCAAGCAGUAAUAUAAUGUACCUAUGCUACUCAUAUUAGGGAAAGCAGAAAUCAUUUAUCCUGCUUUCCUACUAUUUUUUCCCUUUUUGCUCACUAUAAUUAUCUCAGGGUAAGUCUACAUGAGUGUGAUACAUCAGCACAGCUGCAGCAUGUCGGGUGAAGACACGCUACGCUGACAAGAGAGCGCUCUCCCAUUGGCAUAAUUACUCCACCUCUGUGUCAGUGGGAGAGCAUCUGCUGCCAACAUAGCACAGUGUGGACACUAUGUAAGUCAAUGUACCUUAUGUUGCCUAGGGGUGUGUGUCUCUUUCAUACCCCUGAGCAACAUAAGUUGCAUUGACUUAAGCAGUAGUGUAGGCCAGUCCUUAGACUGAGGAAGAAGUCAGGAUGCAGAAGGGAAAAUUGGUUGUCUAGUGAAUUCCUUUCUGGGACCUCUUCCCAGUCUGCCCUACCUGAGAUGUAUUCUCUGAUGACCAGUAUAGUGGCCUUUUAAGAGUCUGUGUGUAUAGUUAACACAGUUAAGAAAGAUAGAAUUGGGUUGUACUCAAGGUUUAAUUUAAUAAAUUGUUUAUAAAGAAUAGUAAAUUAUUGAUACAUGUUAUAAGCAUGCUACAGACAUCAGAUGCAUUGUAUAUGUUAAAAAAAAUUGGUAGAAGAUAUUAGAUGGUUAUAAGCAACCUCUUGAACUCUAAAAUAAUCCAUAACAAUUAAUUAAAUAUGUAUCAAAACAUCUAUUAACUAUCAACUCUUUAUAAACAGAACUUUAAUAAUAAUGGUCACACUUUGUAGUCAAGAAGCUUAUAUUUAGCUAAUAAGAAUUCAGUUUUUUCAUACAGCUUUGGAAAUACUCUAGCAUGAGGGCAGAAAAAAUAACAUGCCUAAGCCCCAGUGUCUUGUGGACAAGUCUGAACUGCUUCUGGUAUUUGCAGGAAGAGAGAAACAGCCUAAAUGCAUUAGACUGGGGGAGAGGUGAGUCCCACAUUGGAAAUCAUCAGGUAACAAUUUUUCCAUAACCUUUAUUACGUCAGGAAAUGUUUAAUUCACUAUUAACUUGAAUCUCAUCGUUUGUCAUUAAUGAUAUCUAAUGAUAUUCUAUGACACACAACAGUCUCUACCAUCUUGUCUAAUACACCACUAUCUCGAUAUAACGCCACCCGAUAUAACACGAAUUCGGAUAUAGCGUGGUAAAUCAGUGCUCUGGGGAGGUGGGGCUGCGCACUCCAGUGGAUCAAAGCGAGUUCAAUAUAACACGGUAAGAUUUUUUGGCUCCCGAGGACAGCGUUAUAUCGAGGUAGAGGUGUACAUAGAAUGUAGUGCUCCAGUCAGCUAAAAUACAGAAUACUUCUGUCAUUAAAAAACAGUUGCCCAUAGUGAGCUUUGGGAUGGUAUAAAUUGCACAUGGCUAUGGGUCUAUAUAGCAGAAUUGGCCUGUGGGACUGCAGAGCCCAUGAUUGCAGCAUCUCCUGUUAUCCCCCCAGAUGUGCAGGACCUAGAAAUUAGAGAAUGAUCUCAGCACUUCCAUUUUUUUUAAAGUAAAUUUCUCGCCCAAUUCUUUAUUUAAAAAAAAAAAGCCUGGGAAAUGUUAACUGAUAACAAGGGUUUAAAUCCUCUCCCCAAUUUUUCCUAAUGAUCAGAUUAUUUAUGAUAUGCCGCCACCUACAGCUUCCUGUGGUUAUUUUUUGAAGUCUGGGAAAAUCAUGACCAUGUUUCCCUUGAUUUUAGGGAAAGACCCAUGUUCAGUUUAUAGCUUCAUGGACAGCACUUCCAACACUGUCAUUAGAGGCCCAAGGCUACCACAGUCCAGCCAGCCAGCUCCAUGUAGCUAAGGUGAUUCCUCUGCUGAGCAGCCUCUGUGACCUCUGCCCACAAAACAAGGGCAACUUAAUAGUACCAGAUGCUGCAUUGUAUUUGAGAACAUGUUUUCUAAUCCCAGCUCAAACAUGGACUCCUUGGUGGCCUUGACCUAAGACAGUAUAAUUUGGCAUCUCCAUAAAAGCCACUGAAGUAGAAUUCAAUUUUAGAAGGAUUAUACAUGAAAGUGAGCAAUAUUAAAGAAUAUUAAGUAAUACCCUCUCUAAUAAUUCAUUGACAGAAAGGGAUAACUCAGAGAGCAGUUGCAAGUAAAGACUAGGUCAAGAGGCUGACCAUAGCAGUGAUUUAUAGAACUGAUCCAGACCUGACAGAGUCUGAGAGAGAAGGUGAAAAGCAGUGUAGUCAGAGGGUUUAACAAGGAAACUGAAGUAGAUGAGGAUGAAUGCGGGAAUGAGAUGAGAGGAAGCAGGUGGCAUGUACUUAAGACAAGAGGUGGAGAUUAUGAGGCCAACACUGGGAGGGAAGAUUGAGGAAAAGACAGAUCACCACAGUUCACGGGUGUUUGAUCUGGAGAUUCAGGCCUCUUGUGAGUGAUGUAAUAGACUGUCUCACAAGCCAUAUUUUUGUCUGCAUUUUCCUGGAAUUUGAGAGCAGGAUUUUCAGAAGGAAGGGGAAAGCAGGUCCUAGCUGUAGCCUGAAGAGCCAGGUUGUGCAUUUUAGUUGCCGGGGAGGUUUCCCAAAGAAGUGGAAGGGUAGGAAUCCUCCCUUCCAUUUUCAGAUCAUGAUGCAGUAGUAGAGCUGCUUGAUGGCCACCAGUGUAGCCUCAGAACUGUAGUAUUUCUUUUGGCUUAUACCUUCUCCCUCCAUGUGUGGAAUGAAGGGUGGACACAUGCCUACUUUCAGAUCCUGGUCUCUUCCAUCCCACUAAAACUCCCUUGCUUGGAAGUAGUGUAGAUGCCCAGUCUCUUGUGAUGCGUAGAGUAGAGGAAGUGGAUUUCAGUCUCAAGCUUACACAGAACCAUUAUAUAUAAUAGUGAGGUAAACUAUAAUUUUUAAAUGUAUGAAAAAGAUCUUGAUGGUCCCUUUUUUAGAGAAGGCAAAACUAGAAGUAUACCAGCCUUUGAAAACAUUUUUUUUUGCAGGGGAGGUCUUGUUAAACAGCAUGAAGCAACAUUUUGGAAAAAAGUAUUUACCUUCAGAAAUCACCUUAAACACCUUUUCAUUAAAUAUAUUUGAAGGCUGUCUUUAAAAAUCAAUGUAGUUUUCACAUAAUUCAUGCAGAGAUUGUAUGUUUUUAAAUUUAAUUUUUAUUAUAGUUUUUACCUGUUACCAAAAGUGUUAUUUUACAGAAAGACACACACAUGCAUACAGUAUUCUAUAAAGCUUAAAAAACCAAACUGGUCCAAAUGUCAUUACAAGUUGAUUAUUUUAUUUCAAUAAUGAAUGUUUUUAAAAGCUGUAUUCCUACACUUUUGUGAACAGUACACCUUUAAAUUAAAUUUACUAUUAUGUUGUGGAGUAUACAUCUGAGUGAACCUACAUAUAGAAAAAUACACAUAGCCAAUGACUGCACCACAGCUUAAGGGGGGAGAUGGGUGUGGUUCAGCUUGCCAGGGGAAGGGGUAUAUUACUUUUAGAGUGUGGGUGGGGGAGAGAGGCACAGAUACUGCUGCAAAAGCAGAGUGUUGCAAUGCUGACUCAUCCCUCAGGGACCGGAAGGGCUGGGGAGUUGAUAAAGGGUAAGCCCAGCAGAAGACCCUUUUCCCUGGACCAGAUGGAGGAGCACCCAGCCUCACAACCUUGGAAGUGGCAAAAAAGCAGGUUUGGUUGGGAUCACAGUGGGCACUGCACUAGCCGCUCCUUUCUUGGAAGGCUGGGAAGGAAUUUUCCCCUCACCACCAGAUUAGCCAAACUGGAGUGGGAGAUUUUUGCAUCCCCCACAACAUGUUCCGGAGGGCAGUGGCCGUUGGCGGGGAGGGGUUGUUAUGAUGAGUAGGGAAGGAAGUUAGGCUAUGAUGUUAGGCAACUCAUUAUGUAAGUAUGGGGCAGAUGUCCAGUGCAGGUACUCCACAGGGAAGGGAUACAGUGAACAUAUAAAUGGCUUGAUAAACAACUUAAAGGAGGUGUUUGUUAAAGGAGUGAAAUGGGCUGAGGGGCGGAGGGGGGGUGGCAUGCCUAUGACUGGGACAGCAGGGAGCCACCCCCUCCUUUCUCUAUAGCCCACCUUAACCCUCAUUUGAGAAUUGGAUGAUGGUAAGGUCCCAGCAAUGGACUGGCUGGGGACCAGGAUAGAAAAAAAGGGGUCGGGGGCUGGCAGAAGUCCCCAGGAAAAUAUUGAAAUGAUCAUGGGUGUUACCUGCACUGUACACUUUUAUCUGUCGGGUAGUCCCAGACAUCUAUUAAAAUUGCAGCCUGGUUAAACCAUAUUCACUGUCUCCUGUCCUUCCAGUAUAGCCAGACAACAAUAUAGCAUAAGAAAGAUGUAAUAGGUGUGUGUUUAACAAUUUUGCUGUUUUACUGUUUCUUUCAUUUCUAUGUUUUCCUACCCUCUCAUCUUUCACCACUGCAUAUUAAUGGACAGUGCUUUAAAUCUACAGUAGAUGUAGAGACAAAAUAGAAUUAACAACACAUGGUACAUGUCAGUUGACAUUAACAUUGGCUACUCCUGAUAGUUAGUAGCAUGGCUGAAACUGAGUGCCAACUUAGCAUUAAAUAUAGUCUACAACGUAUAUGCUAAAAUAAAAAACACUGAAUCAGUUAAGGAGGGUAAUCUCACAAAAUAUUAAAAGUUUGUUAUAAAAUAGUGCAAUUCAGAAGAGCUUUUUUCCUACAUAUGGUUGGAAAUACCAUUGCCACAUGUAUACAUUUUAGUAGAUUUGUGAACAAUCAAUGUUAAACGCUAACUAAUGAUUUAGAUUUAAUUUCUAUAAGGCAACUACAAUGCAACAGUUAAAUGUUCACAGUAGUUUACUACUAGUUUGCUUUGGUGCACUGCCAUUAAAGCCAUCUAUUUCGUCAUAAGACAAGCUUACCAAGUUUAACACUGCUGCAGUAACAAGAAAACUACUAAUAAUUCUAACUUGAGAUGUGCAGGACUAUCUGAAGUCUCAAUGCUGAAGGGCUUUAUUUCUUUCACAAAUUAGACUAUUUUUGUUUUAUUCUUUAACUGCUAAAGAAAUGCUGUUGUAGCAGUGUCUGCGUGGAGCAACAGUGACAUGCAGUGGUCACGUGCAAUCUUAGAUGUUUCUUCUCUGGGAAUGUUCCUUGUUUUUUGUUGUAAGACAUUAGUCUAACCCAAGUUUGAAAUCCUCUCUCUCUCUCUCUCAGCCACACUUAAUUCUAAUGGUUUGGGUGUGAUGAGCAAUUUGUAAAAAUAAGGAAUUUCCUUAUUACUAUUGCUUUGCGUCUCAUUGAUACUGUAACAGCUGCCCUCUCCCACAUUUCACGUACCUUGAACUCCCAAAGUUUAUUAAACCUUUCCAUGACUGCCUAAUCCUGUUAUGAAAAGUAAAAUAUUCUGAGAGAAGUGACAUUAAACAAAAAUAAACCCAAACAAAAAAGUGUUCGGAUAAACAGUCCUUACAACUUCUGCACGUGUUUUUUACAGCAGUGUUUAAGAAAUCCUUUAAUGGCAGUGCUCAAAAACCAAGACAGUUGCUCUGCAUUUGCAAUUGUGGUAUUCAAUGAAAAAAAAAUCAGAAGACUUGUGGGGCUUGGAGAAAAAAUAAAUAAAAUCUAACAUGCAGUUUGGACAUCCUGAAGAAUGAAUAAAGUCGGGGAUCUUGUUAUUUUACCUAAAAAAUGAAGAUAGCAAAUAAAGCUACUUUGUGUGUUUCAUUCAUUCAACUGUUGGUCAGGGAUUGCCAAUAGAAGUUUAUAUAAUCCUACUGCAUGCACAACUCAAAUGACAUUAAGUAACAGAUUGUUUCUAUCUAUGUAAUUCUUGCAAUUAUUAUUAAAAUUUUAGGCAGUUAUCUUAUGAAGCAGAGUACAUGGUCCUUGAAUGACGUCUUAGAACUUCAGCGUCUAGCAACUGGAGAACCAGACCGUGAUCCAGGUCGGGAACCAGAUCCUCCCUGUGGAAAGAAGAAUAAAAUCAAUUUGAUUAGACAGAACAGAUUCAUCUGAGAGGAUGUAGUCUUCUGGAGGGAUAUGAUGAGGAAGAAGAUGAUAAAGGUCCUUUUACUGGCAGAGGGCUCAAGACAAAGGGAGCCGGAUCUUAAAAUUUUUGAAGAGUAUAAUGGUUGUUCUGGCAGAACUGUGUCAAAGAAUAGCUUAUGGAAUACAUUGCUGAGCUUCAGAGAAAGAGGAAACAAUUCACAGAGCAGGAAGCAUAGGUUCAGAUCAAAUGUAAAAUGAGAGAGAACUCUGUAAUAAUGGAAAGUUCCAUCAAGAGUGCCUCCAGCUCCCUCACAAACCACUGCAGUGUGCUGAGAUGGCAAUCUUUACCGAAUAAGAACCCAAUUCUGCUCUGACUGAGGCACUGUUUGCUGUUGAGAUUUUCCACUCCAAUCAUUCCUGCCCUUAAUCUGACAGAGCACUGAAGAUCAACCAAGAUACAAGAGAGAAGGUACUUCAUUGUCUUGUACAUGACUACAUACCCCUCAAGUUAAAUAGAUUCACAAUGAUUGGUAAAUACAGGAAUCUACAAUUAGCACCCAACUUAGAUCACUACCACCACCACUGAAAAUUGAUUGCAUUUUUAUUGCUACACAAAAAAUACCUGCUUUAUUUUUUCUGCAUGCAGAUUCUAAUACUAUUUUACAUUGAUCCCCGAUCUAUAAAGAGAAUUAAUAUACUGGUUUGUAGAGAACUCAAUGCUGUAAUUACACAUUAAUAGCAAGAGUUGAAGCUAGCCAACCCCAUUCAAGAAUCCGUUUCAAAUCACCAUCAAUAUCAGGAGUGACUCAUGCCUGUUGCAAUGAUGGAAAAGCUAAGGGAUUCUAAGAAAAGAAUUCCCCCCUCAUCAAGACAAUGACUGCUCACUGUACAAACAACAUUGUAAUGUUUUGCCCUUAAAUAGAGCCUUUUCAUAGAUGGGAAAAUAUUAUAAUCCCUCAUUUACAGAUGGAGGAACAGAGAUGUUAAAUGACUCACCUAAUAUCACCCAGAAAGUCAAUGGUAGGUCCAGGAAUAGAACCUGACUCCCAGUCCAGUGUCUGACACACUAGGCCAUAUUGCUAAUGGAAAUUAAUGCAAGCUCUUACUGUACAUGUAACAUAUCGCUUAUAAGUAUGUUUGAUAUCAAAUCACAAAUUUUUGAGUGGUUUUAUUAUGGUCUGAACUUCUCAAGCGUUCUGCACAACAAAAUGGGAUUACAGCUGUUUAGUUUAUUAGAUAAUUUAACAUGUCUGCUAGUAAUAACCUGCUGUUGGGAGCAUCACAAAUUUUCAUUGGGGGCAGUUUCUUAUAAUCCUCUUCCCUUAAAGUGAGUAUUUUGUACUACAUGGCACACAGGGAUGAACUUCACUUCUUCAGCUACCCCCCAGUGUGAUAUUUUCUUAAAGCAAAGUACCCACUCUAGCUUACUGUAGCAAAAAACAGAUCAAACGCAAAUCAAGACAUACUGAUCUGUUACAUUCAUACAGCAACAGACUAUGCAAACUUUAAGUUUAAGCUCAGAAACAACAGGUCAAGGAACCAAAGCUUUAAGGAAAUAUCAGCACCCUUAUAAAACUGUAUAGUAAUCCUAGAAUGGGCAGGAGUAUACACUACUUUCUACAUCUCUCAGCACCUCUGUUUCCUGCAUGAGUGGGAUGUUUUCUUAUGCUAAAUUUCAUAAUUGUUAACACUCAGAGGUCACAGAAGUUCUGGUAUUCAAUCCACAGAUGUUUGAAGGUACAAUUGUGAUUUAUUCCUCCCUCCCUUGCAAUCAGGAUCAAAUAGCUUGACCAUAGCAAGUUCACGUUUCAGGAGAAUUUCUGACAUGUUAUCCCAACAGCAACCACAUUCUCAUGUCUUACAAAGCUGUGCUGAUUUUACAAUACAGGCUGGUGUGGCGGACUCCAACAAAAGAAUCAUUCAUAGAGAAGGAAAAAGACCCAUUUUCAAGUUCAUCCCCCGUACUAGUGCAGAAUUGUCAUAAGAUUGUCUGGUGCGUCUGUGCCUGUUAGUUUUGAGAAACAUUUGAGAUAAAAUGGUCCCGAAAGAAAAACAAAAGCAGCCUGAAGCUUCCCCCUAAAUUGUUCAAUAUACAGAUAAUACACCACUUAUAAAAUGUUCACAAGUCUCUCAGGAAUGUCUCCAGAGCCACACCCUGAUUUAUAAAUACUCUUGAUUUCCAGACACUGGAAGAGUGGUUCUGCCUAGAAACUGAUAAAUGUGCUCUGUCGCAAGCUCAUAACAUUUUCUAGUGCUAUGCUAUUGUAUUUCUUAUUGAAGCCAAACAUCGUAUCAGACAUAUGUAAUACCUUUCUGCUAGCUAAAUCAACUCUUGCUCUCUGGUGGUUACCUAGUUCACCUUUCUUUUCUCCCACCCUUUCCUUUUUAAUUUGUAUUUUAUGUUGCUGUAGCUGUUUUAUUCCUCAGAGCUCACCUUGCCCGAGCCCCUCCUGGGAACUUGUUUUUCACCUCCAAAGAAUCUGCCCAGCGAGUCAAGUAGACCCGAGUCUCUGUGCCUUGGAGAUCCAUGUCUAGCAUGGUCUAUGGUGCUUGCAGUUGCCAUUUUUGAUCCGUGCCGGAAAGAGGAGCGUUUCUGUGAAGCCAUCAAAUCCGAGUUCUCUGAAGUUGCAGCACUGUCCUCUUGAAUGGUCUGUAGCUCGUCUGACUCUGAGGGCCGAUCUUUGAAGGUG